AUCGCCAUAAGUCAUACGUAUUAAAAAGAACAUAAAUACAUACAAAUGCAUAUAUAAACAUACAUGCAUAUAUAUCUAUAUAUAUGGGAGUGUAGAUAACUACUAUUGAUCCAUGAAGGUACUUACUAGGUAAGAAACCCUGUUACUUAGUGUUUUUGUUAUACUCUCUGUCUUGGUAUAAGAGGUAGCUGCAACCAUCGGAUCCCGGCAGAGCCACUGGUGUCACCACAAGCAGUCGUACUAAACCUGUUCAAGCUACAAUGGAUCUCAAUAGACAGAAUCUUGAGAGCUAUGCAUCUUCUCUACGGUUGCUGAUUUGCUCCAUGAACAACUUGGAAGAACUCGCGACUUUUAUCAUACCAGACAACGACAGAGAAGCGGGUUCUCUCUUGUACUCUUUGCAGAUAGUACAAUCGAGGCUGGAGUCGUGGGCCGCCAGUAGCCACUUAGCUACUCCUCCAGGGCUCGACAAUUUAUCCUGGACACCCCAACUCCGGCAGUCCCUGUUUCCAGUCGAUGCCCCGGAUCCCACAAUACUUAGCGAUACGCGAUUGUGGGAUCCAAAUCCAAUUAUAAGCACCAAUACUCCCAGUACGAGUGCUUCUGUUUUCGAUGUGGCAUCUGCCAAUGACGACAAUCUAAGCAUCGCUAUAGCGACAAACGAAACGCAUCAAAAGGCCCCUUCAGUAGCAGGGAAGUUGUCUACAUGCACUACCGAUCCCUCGACCGUUCGUGGAGGCGGAUUACAGAGUGCUACAACUCUGUUGGCUGAGCAAGCAGCAUCAUGGCCGCAAGUACAAGGCAAUUCACUGCGGCCAUUAAUCUCUACACCUGCAUCAAGUAUCUCGCAGUCUUCGCCAGGGAGCUCGCAGACAUCGAAUGGGGGAAUAAGUCAACCCUGUUUAUACCAAACCGAGUUUAUUAUUCAACGUGCUGAUGCCAGUGGUGGUGGCAUUUUGCAUUAUUUGACGGAAAUCAUUUUCAAGGACUCUUUUAGAAACCUCGUGCACAUUGAGAGCCUGCCUCGGCUAUCAUGGAAUGCUCUUGUCCUACCAGAUAACGGUCUAAAUGAGUACCAUUACUGCGCAGUCAUGUACCAAGCAGCAUACGAUCAACAUCUCGGCAACUUUACAAAAUUGCUUGUGGCUGACGAGAUUCCUGAAUUCCAACUUCCAUCUCCUAGCGAAGUCGCAGAUCAGCGACCGGCCGACGAAAGCUACACUCUCUUCCUUGAGUCAUUAGCAUUGUAUGCCCCUCAAGAAUUAGUGCCCUAUCUCGUAGGGCCGCCUCUCAGUUCAAACUGGAACGACUUUGUUUAUGCUGGGGAAGGACUGAGGUCUCAGCUUCCUAAUGACAUUAAGGGCAUCACCACUCCGUACUGGUAUCUAGGGGGCAAGUUUGCCGGCACAGCCUUUCACAAGGAAGACUGUGAUCUUAGAUCUAUGGAAGUUGUUAUAUACGGCUAUAGAUUAUGGAUGAUUAUCAGCACUCAAGACACGAAGAGAUUUGAAGAGUGGGUGAGGCGCUUUUGGGGCGAGAAUGCAGGCCACAGUGAUCAAUGGCUAAGGCGUUUGAAUCUUAUUCUUCCACCAUCAAUGCUUAAAGCGGCCAACAUCGAAUUCAACCUUAUAUGCGCUGGCCCGGGGGAUAUGGUAGUUACCUCUCCGAAUCAAUAUCACUAUGUGAUUAACAUGACUACCAGCCUGGCAGCUGCAGUUAAUUUUCUUCUGCCGGGUGAAAUGAUAGCCGGGCAGCCAACCACGCUAUGCGAGAACUGCGACUUUUACCCCUUGGUUGGUCUCGUGCCUAAUCUCUGCUCUGAUUCCAACCAAGCGGUCACUAAAAGAUCUUGCAAACGACCAAGUACUCAGCCAGAACUGGGCCACAUACGAAAGCGCCACCAGCAGUCUAAAACAGUAGAUACAAUUUGGGAACACACCGAACACGAUGAGAACGCUCGUCGCGCCGCUGUUAUAAAGAAACUACAAGCCCCGCCAGCUAGUUGCCUUAUACCUAUCUUUCAAGAGGGAGACCUCCCAUGUUCCAAAAUCGUUCGCCUGGCAAUGGCUAUGAGAGGCCAUAGUGCUAUUUCACAAGUAUGGAGACUCUAUCAGUCUAAUAAUAAUAGCCAAUUUACCAACAUCCGCGCCGCCCUUAUUGACAGAACCCUUACCGGUAAUACUCAGAAGAUGGCUUUAGAUAAAGGCAUAAUCAUUUGCACUGGGGCUACUCAGCAGUCUAAUCUCCUCCGACGUCUUUUAACCUGGCACUUUUCAGAAGCCGUGGAACUCACUAAGGGGCCGACAUCUAUACGAGUCUCAUCAGCUGCCGUCACUCAGUACGCAGGUGAGAGCCCAAGGAGCCGCUAUAGCAAGCUUAAGUAUCGCGGUGACAUUCUCCACAUGAUAUGCGGUUCUCACCGAGGGCUCCUCCCUUUUAUACCCCUUCAAAGAGAUGACGACUGCGGCAUUAGAGAUCCCGAGAGCCAAUACCAAAAUUCAGCGACAAAAAAAGAAUUCAAAGACUUCGAGAAGAUCUUCCAGUCAAAUGAUGUCCUAACUCAGGUGCUCUGUGCCAUUGGUACUAGCUUCCUUGACUCAUGGGGUUAUAAAAACCCCUGCCAAUUUAAGUAUAACGAUUGGCUUCGUGAACUACACCGAGACUUCAAUGAGAAAUUAGUACAAUCGAUGUCAGAUAACCUUGGGCGUGGAGUUUGUGGUUGCAGUCACAAGCAGAAGAUUGCAGAAAGACCAACACUAUCUUUAACUGAGACAUGAUUCUCCCAGAGGUACACAUUACGUUAAGUUAUGUAACUGAUGAAAUAUACAUGACUUGAACCCAGCCUAUCAC